GACGUCGUGACGCUGUACGUGCGUAGGCGCUUCCUCCACUUGACUCGCAGCAAAAUAGAAGAUGGCUGGUCACCGGUUGGUCCUGGUGUUAGGUGACCUGCACAUCCCCCACCGGUGCAACACGCUGCCAGCCAAGUUCAAGAAGCUGCUGGUACCGGGGAAGAUCCAGCACAUCCUCUGCACAGGGAACCUCUGCACCAAGGAGAGCUAUGACUACCUGAAAACGCUCGCCGGCGACGUCCACAUAGUCCGAGGAGACUUCGACGAGAACCUGAACUACCCGGAGCAGAAGGUGGUCACGGUGGGCCAGUUCAAGAUCGGCCUGAUCCACGGCCACCAGGUGAUCCCGUGGGGCGACAUGGCGAGCCUGGCGCUACUCCAGAGGCAGCUGGACGUCGACAUCCUCAUCUCGGGACACACGCACAAGUUCGAGGCGUUCGAGAAUGAGAACAAGUUCUACAUCAACCCCGGUUCUGCCACCGGAGCCUACAGCGCACUGGAAAACAACAUCAUCCCCUCUUUUGUAUUAAUGGACAUCCAGGCGUCCACGGUGGUGACGUACGUCUACCAGCUGAUCGGCGACGACGUCAAGGUGGAGCGAAUCGAGUACAAGAAAUCUUAAAGGAGGAGGAGGAAGAGGAGGAGGAGGAGAGUCGGGUUAUCAAGGCUCAGUGUAUCGUUUCAUUCCUGUCCACCGGGGGGCGCCAGCUCCCUCAGAGUCACCACAAUGUUAAUGCUGUAACAAACUGUUCAGUCACUUAACUCUAAAAGACCCGUGUAUUAUAUUGUUUAUACGUCAUCAGCAUUCGCUUGUACCCGAGCUGUCGUUUGGUAACUGUAGAGAAUGAGAUAAUGUCACAUGUUUUUGCUGUCAAAAAGGAAUAUUUGGUGCCAUUUUCUUUCAUUCUCCCCCCCUCUCCUUUUUUUCAGUUUUUUUUUUUUUUUUUAAAAUUUUGAAAUUUUCACCUUCAUGUAACCAACAGGCCUUUUAGCUUCAUCUAGUCGGCCUUAUUUCAUUCAUUUCUGUCCCAAAAUAAAGAUGUUAUUUCACUUCA